AUGAUAAUAAAUAUUAAUGUGCAAGAAGACAUUUCUGAUCUGUAUCUAAAGCAGCCACCAUCCAUAUUCAAACAGCUGAGAUCGUUUUCAUAUAAAAACCUUCUUGAGCUUGUGAGAACACUUACCAGCAUCACCAUACUUACGCUCUUUCUCCUGUCUGGAUACAGCACACUUAAAGGCAUCUAUGCUGUGGACAGAGUUGAAUUCUACAACAUUCUCCUGCUCUUUGCGUCUACCGCGCUUGUUGUAUCUGUAAAGUUUCUAACUCGCAAGAAAACUUCUUCAAAUGCUAGAGUCUGUGAGAAGAUGUUUCUUCCCAUUAUGCUGUCGCUACUUAUUACUAGCGCUGGCAUAUCCAUUGGUCAGUCCUGGAUCUUUUUUUUACUCACAAAUACAAUUGUGCAAGACAGUGACUAUCCUCUAAUUCUGCUGAGCCAUUUGAUUAUGUUUUCUUUGCCGUCUUUUCAAUGCUUCGCAAAGCAUGCUAACUUUAUAAGGCUUUUUCCAGGCAUUCUUUCUUUUAUCGCCAUAGCAGAGAACAGAAUUGGCAAAUAUAGAAAAGAGAAUGUACUUAUUUUCAAUCAGUCUCUUUCAAUAACUGGAGCCACAGCGUGUCUGCUUGUUAUUCUGACUGUUUUGUGCCCAUUGGUUCGAAUCUAUCUGGAGGAAUUUAGACAGUAUCGUUAUAUAUAA